GUCCAACCGAACUAGACCAACUUGGUCAGGUUGGUGAAAUUGUGAAGCGCGCCAAGCACCUUGCUAAGUUUCAGAUUGAUAAUACUGCUUUGCAGUUGCGCAAGCCUUGCGAAGGUAAGCGGGCAGAGAAAGUUUCCCCCGGAUUUCAAAUUUGGUGUUGGAACUUCCGCGUACCAAAUCGAGGGAGCUUGGAAUGAAGACGGCAAAGGCGAAUCCAUCUGGGACCAUCUCGUCCACAAUUAUCCAGGAAAGAUCUCAGACGGCACCACCGGCGAUGUAGCCUGCGAUAGUUAUCAUAAUUACAAACGGGAUGUGGAAAUUCUUCGCGAUCUCGGAGUCAACAUGUAUCGUUUCUCGAUGGCAUGGACUCGGCUAAUGCCCACCGGAAUCAGCAACGAGAUCAAUCAGGCGGGCAUCGAUUACUACAAUAAUCUCAUUGAUGAACUGGUCAAGUACAAUAUCGAACCGAUGGUGACACUGUACCAUUGGGACCUACCGCAACGUUUGCAGGAGAUGGGCGGUUGGACGAAUCGGGAAAUUGUUGAUCAUUUUAAGGAAUAUGCUAGGGUGGCUUUCGAAAACUUUGGAGAUCGUGUUAAAUGGUGGACAACGUUCAACGAACCGUACCCGAUAUGCGUACUUUCAUACGAGUAUGAUUCAAUGGCCCCAGGGUACGAUUUUCCGGGAACGCCAACUUAUCUGUGCGGUCAUAAUCUGUUGCUUUCACACGCGGAAGCGGUGGAAUUGUAUAGAACGCAGUUUCAGCCAACUCAAAAUGGAAUAAUCGGAUUUACUAUGGACUCGUCUUGGAAUGAACCUGAGAGUGAUUCGGUUGAAGAUCUCGAAGCUUCCGAGAUUGCUAUGCAGUUUUCGCUUGGAUGGUACAUGCACCCAAUUUUCUCUAAAUCCGGCAAUUACCCACAAAUAAUGAUUGAUCGUGUGGGAAACAAUAGUUUGAAACAGGGGUACGCUAAAUCUCGUCUUCCAGAGUUCACCGAAGAGGAAAUAAACAAAAUAAGGGGGUCGGCAGAUUUCUUCGGAAUUAAUCACUACACAACCAACAUCGUGUAUCAAAACGAUGCGGACAACUCGGCCAACUUCAGGAUUCCUUCGUAUGACCACGAUCGCAAUACCGCAGGUUACCAGGAUCCAUCGUGGCCAGAAUCGGGUUCUGGCUGGUUGAAGGUCAAUCCGAAGGGGAUGUACUAUUUGCUGACCUGGAUUAGCAAUGAAUACGACAAUCCGUUGGUCUACAUUACGGAGAAUGGAGUCAGUGAUCUCGGUGGAACGAAAGACAUUAGUCGUAUCGAUUUCUAUAACGGAUAUCUGAAUGCCGUACUAGAUGCGAUGGAAGAAGGGUGCGACGUGCGUGGAUACGUUGCAUGGAGUUUAAUGGAUAACUUUGAGUGGAGAGCCGGACUUACGGAACGGUUCGGAUUGUAUUAUGUAGAUUACGAUACUCCGGAAAGAACAAGAAUUGCCAAAAGCUCCGCCAAGGUGUACGCCAAUAUAAUCAAAACAAGAAUGAUAGAUCCAGAUUAUAUACCGGAGCCGGAUGUGCUCAUACCUAGUCCUCCUGUAGGCACGAGGAAAAGUGUUGCAAAGUGCCAGAUUGUGAAUCGAGCUGAAGUGAAUUGUAACUAAUCAUUUUAAGACAAAUAAAUGCAACGGAGUUUCCAAUGUAACGUUUGUAUGUAUCAAAGAUAAUAAAAGGUCAAGUGAACGAGAAAAAAUUACAUCUAAAUAUUUUAUAAAA